AUGUAUGAAAUAAUAAAGUUUUUUGAUUGUUAACCUUAAAAUAAUAAUAUUAGCAAUAAUUAACUUAUAUAAUAACAAAGCAAAGUAGUAAUUAUCAAACUCUUACUUCUGUAGAAAUAAAAGAAGUAAAGAUCAGUAAAUAUAUUAGUAGUUAUAGGAGACAAAUCUAAAAUUAUAGAAAUUUUUACUUAAGAGCAUUUUUUUAAUAAAAACAGAAAAUAUUUUUUCAUAAAAUUCACAUUUUGUAGUUACGCUCUCAACUUUUGUUAAAAGAUAAGUUAAAUUUUAUAUAUAGAUUGUUCGUUCAUAAAAAAUUUAGUUGAAAAGGAAAGUUAAAAUUCUGGCAGGAAUUUAUUUAGCAAAAUGGCAACCGAAUAAGAAAGCGAUGAUAUAUGGGACAAUUUACAAUCAAUUUUUUCAGAAAAUCCUUAAAGAUUUUUUAACAUUCUGUCAACAAUUAAUGAAGAGCAAGGACUAAAGAUGUUCAAAGCAAUUAACUUGAUUAGAGAUGAGAUAGUAAUGAUUAGGGAGAUGGUGAUACAGAAAGGAUAAAUAGAGUUUAUUAAGAAAAUGAAUACUAUUCAUUCAAAUAAGAGCAAACAAUAAUUUGAAAUCAAAGUUUUUGAUAAAUAUCUGUGUAAAAAAACAUUAGAUAAUGCUUCAAUAUGGCUUGAAUUAGAAUAUUGUUAAAUGGGUAGUAUUCACGAGUUAGUGUAGAUUACAAAAUUAGCAUUUAGUGAAGGAGAAAUUGCUUUUAUGGUAGAUCAAAUUAUGAAAUAUUUGCAAGAACUAUAAAGAGAUGGGCUUUUAAAAGAUCAAAGACCGUUAUUAGAUAGUCGUCAUUUAUUUUUAACGAAUUAAGGAGUAUUAAAAAUUUUUCCUUUUCCUCUUUUCAGUUAAUUAGUGAAAAAUGAAAAUCUUGUUUCAGAAAUAAACAGUGAACUUAUUUAACUCAUAAGUUUUAUGGAUAAUAAUAUAUCAGGAAAUGAAGAAAAUUUUUCUGAGGGGAUCAAGAUUUUAGUUAAAGCUCUCAAAUAAGAUUAGGAUUAUUCAUAGAUUUUAAAGACUAAAAUCAUUUAGGAAAAUAAAGAUAAAUUCGAAUAUAUAAAGCGAAGCAUAUACAGUACAAGAAAGAGGGCAAUAGAAAAUUAUAGGAAAACAAGUAUGAGCAAAUUUGUACCAGAUACUCUCAAAAAUGGAUAGAAUGAUUCUUAAUAAUUGAAUUCUUAACAGUAGCUUAAUAUAAACGAAGGCACUAAUUAAGAUAGUUAAAAAAAGUAGAUAAAUUUUAAUGGAAAUGAGUAUGAAGAAACAAAUAGUGAUGGCUCUCCUAACAUAAAAGAUUCAAAAUUUCAAAGAGACAAUAAGACUUUACAAAAUAAUUAUAGAAGUAACCAUAUGCCUCACAGAAAAAACUAGUUUAGCAAUCAGUAUUAAGAGUUGAGUUAAGAUUUAAAAGACAUCAGCUAAAUAAAUGUGUUUUAAAACCCAUAUUUUUCUUCACUUGAAAGCAACGGUAGUAUUUGCCAAUAUCUUAUUAAUUCUUAAUCAAUUUAGUCAAAAAAUACAAAUAACUACCCUAGCUUUUUAAUUUAAAGUGGUGUAGGUGCUUUAGAUUUUUAUAAUUUAAAUGAUAUAAAAAGUGUUACAGAUAGGAGGUUUGAAGAUGAAGAAAGGGAGAAUUAGAAAGAAAUAAUAUUGAAUUAAAACUAAAUUACUGAUAAUCAAGUUAAUCAUUAAAAAACAAAUAGUGAACUGAUUAUAAAUAAUAAUGAAUCAAAGGUCUAAUAAUAGUAAGCAAGUACUUGUAUUAAAAUUAAGUAAUUUUUAGAAAAUCGCUCAGAAAAAAAGUUGAAGUUCAAAUUAUUUGUAAUGGAUAAAAAAGAUUAGGAUAUUUCUCAAGAAAAUACUUAAACUAAUUAGGAAGAAAAUAGCAGCAAAAAAAUUUAUUAAAAUCUAGAAAUUAGUAAGAUUAAAUCAGAUUAAAUUCAAUAAAAUAGCCCAAAAAAUUACUGCUUUUCACCUUCAAAAAAUAUAGAUUUAAGCAAUUAAAGUUUCAUAUCCCCAGAUAGAGAGAGCAACUUUUCUAGUGGAAGUUGUAAAAUUACAGCAAGAUCAGAAAGAUAAUUUGGAUAAGUUUAAUAGGAAUUAGUUACUGAGGCAGAUCAGUUGAUUAAAAAUUAAAAUAAUGACCAAGCAGCUCAUAAUAUGUUAAAUGAUAAAUUAGAUUGCUAGUAAAUGAAUGAGGUUAAUAUAAUUCUUGAAGAGUCUUCAGAGAUAGCUUCAUCGUUUCCAUAAAGCCCAUAUACAAAUAGGAAAAUAAGUUAGAAUGCAUCUGAUAGCUAAAAAAAGUAUUCUCCAAAACUUGAAUUUGUAGAUUUACAUUCAAUAAAUUUGAAAGGAAAAAUAAGCAGUUCAAGCGAAGAUAAAUAAAAUUAGGAAUAAGAGAGUAGAAAAUACAUAACUUUGGAGCCUAUUUAAGAUUAAUUAUUAGUUAAUAAGAUUGACCAAUAAGAACAAGAACCUAAAAUACUAACAAAUAAAUCUAAUUUUAUUUAAAGGGUAGAAAAUUGCAGAUAUGAAUCUUAACAAAAAUAAGAUAGUAAAUAAUAAUGUGAUACAGAAUAGUACAAUACAAAUGAAGUUAUUGUUUAGGAUGAUAACUUUGAAUCAUUUGAUAUUAGGGGAGAUGACGAUUAUGAUGACUAUGAUAAUCUCGAUGAAGAUUAUGAAUAUGAUAAAAAGUUAUAUGAGCCUAUUUCGUCUCUCAUUCCACACGAAUAUGAAACUUUUGGAGGAGGUUCUACAACAGUAGCUCCUACAAACGAAGGAACAAAUAUUGGGUUAUCAGAGAGAAAUGGGGAUUGCAUAGAAUAAACAUUUUAAAAAAUAGAAGAGUUUCAGGAAUAGGAGUUUGUUGUAAGCUGUAUACCAACUUCUAGAUGCAAUCAUAUUGCUGAAACAAAAUAUUAGCAAAAUAAAAACUCCCUAAAGUUUAAUCAAGAUAAUCCUAGUGUAUCAUAAGGCCUUGAUAACUCUUAACAAUAGGAACUAUCGUAAAGUGAUAGCGAAGAUGAAGAAGAAAUAAACUCAAUACAAUCUAAUUUAGCAGAAGAAUGGAGAAUGAAAAAACCAUAUGCUUUUCCUUCCAACGGAAAUAUGGGAAUAUACAUUGAGUAAUCUAAAUAAAAAUAAAGAUAUCAAAUGAAGAGAAGUAACUCUGAACAUAUAGAUAUUUUCACACUCAAGGACUAUAUGAUGUAAAAAAGAAACUCCUCCCCUGCAGGAAAACAAUUUAAAAAGACAGAAUCUCCUAAAGUAGAAAUGCCUAGUUGUGUUCAUUCUCCUGAGAGUUCAGCAUCUCCAAGUUCAUCUAGUAAAUAUUAAAGUGAAAGAUAGCCCUUUUAGAUAAGAAACCUAUAGUAAAUUGUUUGCCACUCUACCUCAUCUAAGAAUGAUUCAAGGAAGUAUGCCUAUAGGACAAACGAUGCUGAUGAUAUAGAUUAAGAAAGUACAACAUUACACAAUCCUACAGAUUGCAAUGAUACUUUUUAACAAAUGGCUUCAAAUGAGUAGAAUUAUAGAAAGUAAAAUGAAAUAGAAGAUGAAUGUCAUCUAAGCAAUUACUAAUCAAAAAAAAGAAAUCUAUCUACUCCUUUUACUAAAAAUUAAAGAAAGCCUAUUUUCUCAGAUAUUUAAACUAUCAAUUCAAGGUCAUAAUCGAGAAAUUACUUCUAUGAUUCAAAAGAGUACGAUAUUAAUCCUUUAACAUCAAAGCAAUCAGAUUAAAAACAAAUCAAUUUAAGCAGCCAAAGUUAUUCAAUCAAUAACUAAUACACUAAAAGCAAGAACUCAAAUGCAGCAGUUAACUAUAAAAAUCGUAAAAUUAAUGAAGGUUCUAUAGAUAUUUCCACUAAUUAAUCGUAUUGCCAAAAUUAAUCUAUAGGCUCUAAAUUGUUUCCAACCCAGUAAUCAAGUGAGAAAGAUAUUAGCUUUAUCAAGAAUAACUUAUUUGCAUAAAUAGAAAACAUAAAUUACUAAUAAAAUCCAGCUGUUUCUUAAUCAAAAGCUUCUUAAAACUUUAAUAUCAUUAAUUAAUCUCUAAAUAUAUGUUAAGAUUAAAAAUUUUCUGAAAUUGGCAAUCAAAAUAGUUAUUUAUAAUUAGAAUAAACUCCUAAAUAAUCUGCCUAAAAAUUUACUAACUAAUUAUCAGCUAAAUCAAAUUUGAUAAUAUCAUCAUAAUAAGAGAAUUAAGUCUAAUAAAAAUAGAAUUAGAUUACCACUUAGUAGAGCAAUUACUAUCUAUGUGAUGGAAAUUAUUUUUAAGCAUAGUCAUGUCAAAAUGCUUUUCGUUAGUAGAUAUGUUUCGAUCAUAAUUAAAAAAGCUAAAUCUCUUCAGCCUAAAAUUUAGAUUAAAACUCUUUAUUAUCUCCAUCAAAUAUAAUAUUAGACUCUAACAAUUCUUAAAACCGCUAAGCUUCUUUGCAAAAAUUGUAGCAAAAAAACUAACAAUUUUAAUAGUAGUAAUAAUAAUAAUAAUAAUAGUAACAAUAACAAUAAUUAUAGUUUGUUUAAUAUUCAAUCAAUUAAUAAAAUCAAUUGUAUAACUAAAUGUAAUACAACUUUCAAAAUCACUAGUAAUAAUAGUAAAAUAAUAAUUAGCAACCUAAGCUAUCAAUGUAAUUUAAUUAACCUACUCAAUAAAUUUAUUAAAAUAAUAUUGUCAACGCCCAUGCUUAAUAGAAUAUAAAUACAAAAUUAUAGGAUACUAUGUAAAGCUAGCAAUAACUUCAAUUACAAAAAUAAAAUAACAUAAAUAAUUAAUUAAAUCCACCUACAUUUUAUAAUAAUUAAAAUAAUUUAUAGCAGGUUUCAGAAAAAAAAUAGUAGCUCUCCAUGCUAUAUAACCCAUUAAAUCCAAUAAAUUAGCUAUAAUAACAAAAUAAUUACUAUUAAUAAAUUUCACCAAUACAUUAAUAGCAAUAAAAGUAAAAUUAAAACAUCUAAUUACCAUAAAAUACAAAUAGGCCUACUUCAACUGAAAAAAUAAAUUUAAUUUCAUAAAUGGGGGGUAACAGUAAUCAUCUUAUAUAAAUGCUAUUUCCCAGCAAUAUGAAAAAGCCAAUUUUGGAUUAGACUUUAAAUGAGUAAAUAAGUAAAAGAAAGUAUGGUAAAGAUUUGACAAAUAAGUUUAAUGAAGAGGGAGAAUACACUGGAGGAAAUAAUAAUCAAAAAAUGUUUGAGUAGGGAAUCAGGUAGCUAGGACUUAACUAAAAUAUGGAGAUCUUUGACACUUUAUCUACAGAUGAGUCUGUUUAAGUGAAAGGGGUAAGUUUGAUGAGACCUGGUUUAAUUCAUAGAAAUAACGAAGAAAGUUAAUAAUAAGAUUAAUAACAAUAACAACAACUUAAUAGUGCCAAAUUUUAAAACCAAAGUAAUUCAAUAGCAAACAAUAAGCAAUUUAGCUACUAAAUAAAUUAAAUUUAGAAUAAACAAAAUAAUUAAUAAAAUACAAUAAAUAAUAAUAAUAGCAAUAAUUAAUAGUAUAGUAGAAAUAUAGCAAACAAACUUUUUAGUUGA